AUGGAUCUUUCUGACCUUAAUUCUGCCGAUAUGCAGAGAUUUUACUCUGAAGAACAACAGAGAGCCAUGAUUAAUGAAAUGGUGGCAAAGAUGACCAGUCAAUGCUGGGACAAAUGUAUCACAGGUGCACCUGGUAAUAAGUUCAGUUCCAGUGAAACUAAUUGCCUUACACACUGUGCACAACGUUACAUGGAGAUGAGCAUGCUUAUCAUGAAGCGGUUUCAGAGUAUGCAAUGA